AUGAAACUCCUCUCUCUCUCUGCUGCCUUUUGCUUGAUCCAAGCGAUCAGCUGCCUUGAACCAGUCACGCUCAAGGGUAAGCGCUUCAUUCAGGACGGUAAUGUCUUCUGGCUCAAGGGUAUCGACUACCAACCGGGUGGCGCGUCGGGCUACGACGCGAAUGCGAAUGCGGACGUGUUGAGCGAUGCGGAAGCGUGCACGCGUGACACGUACGUGUUGCAGCAGCUCGGGGUCAACACCGUGCGUGUGUACACGGUGAACCCGAACGUUAACCACGACGAAUGCAUGACGAUUUUCAACAACGCAGGGAUCUAUUUGAUCUUGGAUGUUAAUGCUGGCUUGGCCAACCAGUCGUUGAACCGCGCGAACCCGGGCUCCUCCUACAACGCUGGGUACUUGUCGCGCGUGUUUCUGGUCAUCGAGGCGUUCAAAAACUACCCAAACGUGAUUGGGUUCUUCUCCGGGAAUGAGAUCAUCAACGACGAGACAUCGGCGGGGAUUGAUCCGCCCUACAUCCGUGCGGUGCAGCGCGAUAUGAAGCAGUACAUCGCGAAGAACUGCGCACGCGCGAUCCCUGUGGGUUACUCCGCUGCGAGCGACAUCAACUUGCGUGGGCCAACCUUUGAGUACCUUCAAUGUAACAUUGACGGAAACGAUGACGACUCAAAGUCCGACUUUGUGGGUUUGAACUCGUACGAAUGGGCGGCCGGCUCCGAUUGGGCCUCUUCCGGCUACGCAAAGAUCAACUCCACCUUUGAAGACACAACCGUGCCGUUAUUUUUCUCAGAGUACGGUACCUUGAACGAUAACGGUGCGGAGCCGCGUGCGUUCGACGAGGUUACUGGCUUGUACGGCGGUUUGAACCAAAGCUUCAGCGGUGGUUUGGUCUACGAAUACUCCAUGGAAGCCAACUCCUACGGCUUGGUCACCAUCGGUAGUGAUGGGAGUGUCCUGUUCGAGCAGGACUUUGAAAACUUGAAGGCAAAGUACGGUAACUUGACGUUGGCCGAUAUCAGUGAGAGCAGCGUUGAUGACACCAAUACCAUCACUUGUAACUCCACCUUUAUCGAAUCCCUUGACAGCUCCUUCGGGGCCAACUUCACGCUUCCACUGCAGCCGAGCGACAUCCUGAGCAUGAUUAACAACGGGUUCAACAGCUCUAAUGUGGGCGAGUUGAUUAGCAACUACGCCCCGCUGUCAUCCAACUACACCAUCAAGGACUUGAACGGGAAUGUAAUCAGCGAUGCUACUGUGGCAUACGUAACCACCUAUGUCUACCAGGCCUCUGCUGCCACGUCGGCGGCUUCCAGUUCCACCUCCUCGACCAAAUCUUCCUCGUCCAAGGCUGGCGGUUUCCAGGCUGGUGUCAACGGCGGGUUGUUGUCCUUGGCCUCGUUUGUGUAUUUAUUGUUGUAA